UGCUAUCUCAGUGAUCACGUGUCAGUGUUUAUGAUGGCGGCGGAGGGUAGCAGCAGAAGAAGCAGCUAAGCCGGAGCUGGAGUUGGUGGGAGAUAUAUACAUACACACAUAGACACAGAGGGGAAAAAAAAGCAAAAAGAAAUCCCAAACAAUCUGCAGACACCCAACAAACAUUAUAUAACUACAUAUAAUUUAUCAAUAUUCUGCUUAGCUUAUAUAUAUAUACGUAUAAAUAUAUCCACAUAUACUGAAAUAUAUACACCUACCUAAUCUCACUAACUCAGUUGUUACUUUACCUGACUGGAUAUUGUGAAUUACACGAAUAUAUAUUUUUUUUCUGUUAACUUUCUACCACCUACGGAAAACACCUUAGCCAGGAAGAAGACGACUGUUAUUAACUAUUAUUGUUAUUAUUAUUAUUAUUAUCUCUCCCACUUAGAAGCGGAUAUCACAUAUCUAUAUACAUAUACACAUAUACCUAUAUAUAUAUAUAUUGUGUGUGUGUAUGUAUAACAGGGAGUGUGAAGAAGAAAACAGAUAAACCGAAAUUAAAAAGAAAAUUCAACUGCUGCUACUACAUAUUAGAUUAGGGAAGAGAGGGCGAAGAGAAACGGCAUAUAGUUAUAUCUAUAUAUUUUUAUAAUUCUGAGUACCUACAUAAACACGUACGUUUGCAGUCUGCUGCAUGUCGUCUACGUACGCAACAAGAACUAUAGGAACAACAAUACUAAAUCUAUCCAUCCACAUAGUUUCCGAUCGGGAUCUUCCUCUUUCGUCAUCAUCAUCAUUAUUCUCUUCACCACCACCACCACCAGCAAGCCAGUUCAAUGUCAUAACGGCCAACACCAAUGCCCAACAUCUUUACACCAUCAAGUACCUAGUAAGACCAUUACUAUUUUCAUCGAUGUCGUAUCUUCCCAAAUAUCGGCCAGCUUCUUCUGAAUUAUGCAUGAUACAGAAAAAGUAAAAGCCAUGUUUUUAACCCGAGCACUUGAGAAAAUCUUGGCUGACAAGGAAAUCAAAAAGACAUAUCACACCCAGUUGAAGAAGGCCUGCGAAGUAGCACUCGAGGAAUUAAAAAAUGACAACAAAAGUAAAGGACAAGGAACAAAAGCUUCCUCAGCUUUGCCCCUUCCGAAAUCUGCAUCCGAAUUUGUUGAGACUGACAAGUAUUUCUUGCCCUUUGAACUUGCAUGUCAGUCAAAAUGCAACCGCAUUGUCAACACUGCUUUGGACUGUUUACAGAAACUCAUUGCCUAUGGUCACCUGACUGGCAAUACUCCAGAGUCUUCUACACCUGGCAAAAGGCUUAUUGACCGUAUUGUUGAGACAAUAUGUGUUUGUUUCCACGGGCCGCAGACUGAUGAGGGCGUCCAACUGCAGAUUAUUAAGGCUUUGCUAACUGUAGUGACAUCAAACAACUGUGAGAUCCAUGAAGGAACUGUUCUACAAGCAGUACGUACCUGUUACAACAUCUACUUGGCCAGCAAGAACCUAGUCAACCAGACAACAGCCAAGGCCACGCUCACUCAGAUGCUUAAUGUUAUCUUCUCCAGAAUGGAAUCCCAAGCUGAUCAAGAGAAACAGAAAGAUAAGCAAGUCCAGAAAACAGAAAGGAAAAGUGAAUCUGAUUUGGAGGAUCAAGAGAAACAGAAAGACAAACAAGUUCAGAAAGCAGAAAAGAAAAGUGAAUCUGAUUUGGAGGAUCAAGAGAAACAGAAAGAUAAACAAAUCCUGAAAACAGAAAAGAAAAGUGAAUCUGAUUUGGAGGAUACAAAAGAAUCCAGUCCUGUAUCACCAGAUAACAAGGAGAACUGUGCAGAGUCACCAGCUCCAGAUAAAGAAACUGGAUCCACACCUCUAUCAGAUGGGAAUCAGAAAAGCUUGGAAAAUAAUUAUGAGACAGAAAAGAGUGAGAAAAUAGAAGAAAAUGGUAAGGUAAUAGCUGAAGCUAUACUGAAUGACAUUCUGGAUAAAGUUACAGGAGAGCAGGACAAGAGGCCAAGUGAGACAGGUGUUGAGGUGGUAUCCCCUAGCGUUCCAGCUACCGAACAAAGGAAGACCUCUCUCACUACUCUAUCCCCCGUACUGGGAGGUUCAACUAGUCACCGCAUAUCAGAUGACAACCUUGACAAUUGUGCAGAUGGAGCAGAGCCUGCUGCAGGUGCAUUUGCUCACAUUCUACAGAAAGAUGCUUUCCUCGUGUUUCGCAGCCUGUGUAAACUUUCCAUGAAACCCCUUUCUGAGGGGCCACCAGAUCCCAAGUCUCAUGAGUUGCGGUCCAAGAUCCUGUCUUUACAGUUGCUACUGUCUAUUCUGCAAAAUGCUGGGCCAGUGUUCAAAACCAAUGAAAUGUUCAUAAAUGCCAUAAAACAGUAUUUGUGUGUUGCCCUGUCCAAGAAUGGUGUCAGUGCCGUCCCUGAAGUCUUUGAGUUAUCUUUAGCCAUUUUCCUUACAUUACUCUCUCAUUUCAAACAACAUCUCAAAAUGCAAAUUGAGGUCUUCUUUAAAGAAAUCUUCCUGUACAUUCUCGAAACAACUAGCAGUUCAUUCGAGCACAAGUGGAUGGUAAUCCAAGCACUAACCAGAAUAUGUGCUGAUGCCCAGUGUGUGGUGGACAUCUAUUUAAAUUAUGACUGUGAUCUUGCUUUGGCAAACAUAUUUGAACGUUUAAUCAAUGAUUUGUCAAAGAUUGCGCAAGGCCGGCAAGCUCUUGAACUUGGGGCCACACCCAAUCAAGAGAAAAGUAUGCGCAUUAAGGGACUUGAGUGUUUGGUAUCGAUACUACGUUGUAUGGUGGAGUGGAGCAAAGACUUGUACAUUAAUCCACACACACAGUCUAACUUGGGUACAGAUAAUAAGCCACAGCUACAUGAAACAGAUAAUGAUUCUGGCAAAGGGACCAUGACUAGCUACGGCAGUGUGAACUCAUUAAACUCCAACAGUAGUUCGUUUACCACAGCUCUACCCAAUGAUAACCCUGAACAGUUUGAGGCUUUCAAACAGCAGAAAGAAAUUAUGGAGAAUGGUAUUGAAAUGUUUUACAAAAAAUCCAAGAAAGGUAUUCACUACCUUCAAGAACAAGGUCUGUUAGGUACAACUCCAGACGACAUUGCAGAGUUCUUUCACAAUGAAGAAAGAUUAGACAAGACUGCAAUUGGAGACUUCUUAGGAGAAAAUGAAAAAUUUAACAAAGAGGUGAUGUAUGCCUAUGUAGAUCAAAUGGUCUUUCAAAACAUGGAUAUGGUUUCAGCAUUGCGUAAGUUUUUAGAAGGGUUCCGUCUACCAGGAGAAGCACAGAAGAUUGAUCGGUUGAUGGAGAAAUUUGCUUCUCGCUAUUGUGAAUGUAAUUCAAACUCUGAAUUAUUUGCAAGUGCUGACACAGCCUAUGUGCUGGCCUAUUCAAUUAUCAUGCUUACCACAGACCUACACAGUUCUCAAGUAAAACACAAGAUUACAAAAGAACAGUACAUCAAAAUGAAUCGUGGUAUUAAUGACAGCAAGGACUUACCUGAAGAAUAUCUGUCUUCAAUCUAUGAAGAGAUUGCUGGCAAUGAAAUUAAAAUGAAAUAUACAGGUUCACAUAAACCUGCAAAGUCAACCGCGAAAGAUUUAAUCAGUGAGAAACAACGUCGAUUGUUGUACAAUAUGGAAAUGGAGACAAUGGCACAGACAGCGCGUGCCCUCAUGGAGAGUGUCAGUCAUGUACCAUCCAGCUUCACCAGUGCUACUCACUUGGAACACGUCAGACCAAUGUUUAAGAUUGCUUGGACCCCCUUUCUGGCAGCUUUCAGUGUCGGUCUUCAGGACUGUGAUGACACUGAAGUUGCUUCUCUCUGUCUUGAUGGCAUUCGAUGUGCAAUACGGAUUGCUUGUAUAUUCCACAUGGAGUUGGAAAGAGAUGCCUAUGUCCAAGCCCUAGCUCGCUUCACAUUGCUGACAGCUGCUUCCCCAAUCACAGAAAUGAAAACAAAGAAUAUUGACACUAUUAAAACCUUGAUCUCAGUUGCUCACACAGAUGGUAACUAUUUAGGCAAGUCCUGGUUUGAGAUACUUCGCUGUAUUUCUCAAUUGGAACUUGCUCAGUUAAUUGGAACCGGAGUCAAGCCUCGCUACAUUUCUUCAGACGGAAGGGGGCCUAGUAAUGGCCCUUAUUCUUCCUCAGGACCUGGAGACAAAUCCCAUUUUGGCAGCAUGCAACCCAUUGAUUCUUUUGAUCCGAACAGCAUCAUGCCAGGUGGAACUUUGGACCAAAAGCGUCUUGCAAGUAUUCAGGAAACGAUGGGUGAAACCAGUUCACAGAGUGUUGUCGUUGCCGUUGACAGAAUAUUUACUGGUUCUGUGCGGCUAGAUGGAGACGCCAUUGUUGAGUUUGUGAAAGCAUUGUGUCAGGUGUCGUUAGAUGAGUUGGCCAACCAGAGUCACCCGCGGAUGUUCAGUUUACAAAAAAUAGUUGAAAUUUCAUACUAUAACAUGGGACGUAUUCGAUUACAGUGGUCCCGUAUUUGGCAGUACUUAGGGGAUCAUUUCAACAAAGUUGGCUGUAACCCUAAUGAAGACAUCUCUUUCUUCGCUGUCGAUUCCCACCGUCAGUUAUCCAUGAAGUUUUUGGAAAAGGGAGAAUUUGCAAAUUUCCGAUUCCAAAAGGAUUUCUUGCGACCAUUUGAACAUAUCAUGAAGAAAAAUAGGUCCCCAACCAUCCGUGACAUGGUCGUCCGAUGUAUAGCUCAGAUGGUCAACUCACAAGCUGCUAAUAUUAAAUCUGGUUGGAAGAACAUAUUUAGUGUAUUCCAUUUAGCUGCCUCAGACCAAGAUGAAGGCAUCGUCGAACUGGCAUUCCAAACUACUGGCAAGAUUAUCUCCAGUAUAUUUGAAAAGCAUUUUUCUGCCAUCAUCGACUCGUUUCAAGAUGCAGUGAAGUGUUUGUCGGAAUUUGCCUGCAAUGCUGCAUUUCCUGACACUAGCAUGGAAGCUAUACGCUUAAUUCGCACCUGUGCCAAGUAUGUGGCAGAGAAACCCAUUAGUUUCCGUGAACAUGGUACUGAAGAAAUGAAUGUUCCAGAAGAAGGGAGAGUCUGGGUAAAAGGCUGGUUUCCGGUUCUAUUUGAGUUAUCCUGUGUUAUAAACAGAUGUAAGCUGGAUGUUCGUACAAGAGGCUUAACUGUGAUGUUUGAAAUUAUGAAAACUUAUGGUGAUACAUUCCAACAGAACUGGUGGAGAGAUUUAUUUCGUGUUGUUUUCCGGAUAUUUGAUAACAUGAAACUUCCUGAGCAACAGAAUGAGAAAGCUGAGUGGAUGACUACCACAUGUAACCACGCACUGUACGCUAUUGUUGAUGUCUUUACACAACAUUACUCCAUUUUACACUAUAUACUCCUUGAUGAACUGUACAAACAACUCCACUGGUGUGUACAACAAGACAAUGAGCAGUUAGCUCGCUCUGGAACCAAUUGUUUAGAAAAUUUAGUUAUUUCCAAUGGUAAGAAAUUCUCCCCUGAAGUCUGGAGUAAAACCUGUACUUGUAUGCUGGAAAUAUUCCGAUGUACCAUUCCUCAUAGUUUAUUGUCAUGGAAACCUGACAGCAAUGAAAACCCCGAACUGCAACCUCUAGGAGGUGAUCAUGAUGUGAGUGAUAGUGUUGAUAACCGUUCCUGUUCAUCAAUUCAAUCACUGGAAGAAGGAGGACAUAAAUUAAAACGGGCAGACAGUGAACAUAGUGUGAACAGCACCAUUUCUUUGGAUUCUAAUCGGGAGCACAAGAUACCCCGAUCAAAAGUGACGUCGGAGCAGAAGUUGUUUACAGGCCUGUUGAUAAAGUGUGUUGUACAGUUGGAGUUGAUCCAAACCAUAGACAACAUUGUCUUUUUCCCAACAACUAGCAAGAAAGAGGAUGCCGAAAAUUUGGCUGCAGCGCAGCCUGCUGAUUGGCUGAAUACACAUGCUAGAUGGACUGAUAGCAGUCUUGGAUUGGAUCCCAGCCAGCAGAAAGAGACUCAUGGUAUGUACCCAUUCCUGAAUAAAGAACAGCUCUUCCUACUGGCUGACUGUUUACUAGAGUCUCACAAGUUUGCCAAGGCAUUCAACUCCAACCAUGAACAACGUAACAUUCUUUGGAAAGCCGGUUUCAAAGGCAAGGCCAAACCAAACCUGAUGAAACAAGAGACACAGAGUCUGGCAUGUCUCCUACGGAUACUUUUCAGAAUGGACAAUGAUGAGAGUCGAGUCGAGUUCCAGUUGGAAAUUCAAGAGAAGUUGAUAUCGGUAUGUAAAGAAGCCCUUGAAUAUUUCCUGUCCCUCCAGUCAGACAGUCACAGAGAAUCCUGGAAUAGUCUGCUCAUCCUGCUCCUCACACGUCUUCUCAAGAUGAAUGAUAAACAAUUCCGUGCCCACGCCUCUGUAUAUUACCCCUAUAUGUGCGACACUAUGGUGUUUGAUUUGAAGCCCGAGAUGAGAUCGAUACUACGAAAAUUCUUCAUCCGCGUCGGACAGACAUUCCAAGUUUGCGAUGAGUGAGUUAGCAAAGGCUGCGUCGCUUGCUGUUGCUGCUGUUGUCGUAGUAUUAAUAAUUAUUAUUAUAAUAGUGGUGGUGGUGGUGGUAGAGUCAGAACAGUGACUUGAUGGAUUGCCAUGGUGGGGAUAUUGUAAUUGUGGCAGUGACAGUGGUGGUAGAGUUGGUGGUAUUAACAACUGGAGUGUUGGAAGAAGUAUGGUGGUGAUAGUGGAGGUAGUAUGGUGGGGAUUAGGCAGCUUAAACUCUAGAAUGGGGUAAAAUCCAGAAGAGUGUUAUAGUAAGUAAGGUUAUUUAUGAGUAUGGCUUCAAUGUCCUGACUGGGGUGAAUACAGCAAAUGUGCUACAAAUGGAAUUGCCCUUUAUUUUCACCUCUCUCUCCUCCGCUACCAAAUUUCUUCCUUGUCUGUAUGGUGGUAGUGUAACACACGCACGCACACACACACACAGCAUUCUAUAUUCCAGCUUGGCCAGAACAAAAUUUUUAGCCAACCAUCUUGAAUGUAUACACACACACACACACACAUAUACUAUACAUGAGUUGCUUUUUUUUUAUAGAUGUUUUCUGUUCCCUUCCAUCUCUCAGGCUUAAUGAAAAAAUGUUAUUAAUCAAUUAAUUAAUUAAUGACUCAUUAUCACUAUUUUAUCUCUUUACAUUUCUUCUUUGUAGUUGUAGCAUUUUGUCUAAUGCUCCACCAUUUCUACCAAUAAUACUAAUGGGAAAUGGUGGUGGUGGUGGUGGUUGGGGUGGCUUAUUAUUAUUAUCAUUAUCAUUGUUAUUAUUGUCAUUAUUAUUAUUUGCAGAAUUGGUAUAGUGUUGGACAAAAUGCCUUGUAGUAUUUAAUUACCUUCUUUUAUGUUCUGAGAUUAAAUCCCACCAAGGUUAACUUUGCAUUUCAGCCAUCUGAGUUCAAAUUCCACUGAGGUAGACUUUACCUUUCAUCAGUCUGGGGUUGAUAAAACAAGUAUCAGUUGAGUACUGGGAGUCUGAGUUAUUGACUAAACCCUACUCCAAAAUUUCAGACCUUGUGUCUAUAGUAGAAAGAAUUUUUUUAUUAUUAUUGGUUCCUGAGGUUGAUUUUGCCAUUCAUCUUCCAGGGUCAAUAAAAUAAGUACAGGAUGAGUAUCGGGGUUGAUGUAAUCAGCUUCUCUCUCCUCCUCAAAAUUCCUGGUCUUGUGCCAAAAUUAGAAAGAAAUAUUAGUAUAAUUGGUUAAGGCAGCAAGCUAGCAGAAUUGUUAGAUUAUCAGGAAAAAAUGCCUUCUGAUAAAUUCUCUGAUUCAACAUUCUGAAUUCAAAUCCUGCCAAGAUCAACUUUGUCUUUCAUCCUUUCAGGAUUGGUGAAAUAAAGCGCCACUCAAGUAGAUGGGGUUGGUGGUAUCAACUAACCAUCUCCCUUCAAAACAGCUGGUUGUGUGCCUAAUUUAGAAAUGAUUAUUAUUAUCAUUAGUAGUAGUAGUAGUAGUAGUAGUAGUAGUAGUAGUAGUAGCAGCAGCAGUGAAGGUGUGUGGCCUAGUGGUUAGGGUGUUGCAUUUACAAUUACUAGAUUGUGGGUUCAGAUCCUGGACUGGGUGGCACAUUGUGCUCUUCAGCAAAAUAAUUUCAUUUCAUGUUGCCCUAUUUCACUCAGCUGUAAAUGGAAUAGUCUUCUGAUCAGGGGGAAUGUUAGUCUGCUUAUUUAGCCAGAAGGGUUGCAUCAUUCAGUUCUCUUUGCCUUAUUAGACUUAUACUAAGUAGUUCUUAUUUCAGUUUUAUUGGUUUUACCUUAAUGUUUGAAUGAAAAUCAGUGACAGCCCUCACUUUUCACUCCUAUAUUUUGGCAUUAUAAAACAAAAAAUGAAAUGUCUUUUUUCUCUUAUCCACACACACUCAAGUUUCCUAACUUCUGUUGGAAGUGGACAAUUUACAGGCAUUAUUGCCAGUAAUAUAGUUACAGGUGAAUCCAAAGUUUCAGUUUUCUGUGACCUGACAGCAGUAAUAUUAACAAGAAUAACAGCAAUAGUAAUUAUCUGAAGCAUAUUAGUAAGGCCACAAUUAUUGGUUGAUGAGCAUAGCCAAUUAAAUAACCCACACUACUACUACUAUUAGUAGUAAUAGUAGUAGUUUCUUGCCAGAAAUUUUGUAUGAGUGGACAGUCCAUUAAGUGGACCCUAGUACAUGACUAGAUCCUUUUACUGACGCCAGAAAAAUGAAAUGUAAAGAUGACCUCAGAUAAUACCGUGUUCCUAUGGAUCAUUUCCUUAAGUGUGUGUGUGUGUGUCACAAUGGUGUCCAAAUAAUGAUAAUAAAAUUACACCCAAAAGUGAUGAAUAAAGGAGAUUUUUGCUUACCACUAGUUACAUCUUCUGAGUCUCCAGUUACAGCUACUGCCCUUCUCUCCCCCCCCCCCACAUCUCCUGCAGUAUAUUAACUGUUAUUGUUGUUCUUGCAUUACUCAGCCCUUUGUCUUCCUCCCUUUAGUUCUUACUUGGAUUAGUAUUUUCCCUUGUCAUCCUAGCUGGUCAAUGACUCUAUCCUGUACAUCUACUGUCCACUGUUGUCUGCCCCUCUACAUGUGGACAGUAAUAGUCAAAAAAAUACAAAAAUUACUUACUAAGUGAAAUGGUAGAAUCUGUUGAUUUUUGUACUUAAUACUUGUAUUGUUAUAUGGCUGAAUGGUUAACAUGUUUGACUUGUAAUUAUGGGGUCCUUGGGUUCAAUACCAAGAUACAGCACCUCCAGAAAAUGCCUUCUACCAUAGCAUGGGAGUGGAAUUGAAUAGACAAUUGUGUGGCAGUCCAUCUGAUUGUCUCUACAUAUGACACCAUAACACAACAUAAUGCUGAUGAUACCUGAGGAUUACAUCAAAGGUUUCAAGUGUCUGUAGAAUACUCGACCACUUAUACUGAACUGUAAUUCAUUGGUGAAGCUAAUGUGAGCCUGGUUUACUUUUUUACUUUGCAGGUUUAGUUAAAUCCUUCAGAUGAAUUUGUUUUAAUAAGCUGCCAUCACCCAAUUUGAAAAUGGUCAGCAUGCUUAGAUGAAAGAUCAAUGCAAUGUCUGCCUUGAUAAUCCCAACAGCCCUGACUUAAUUCCCUACCAACAUGGCAUCAGAUUAAUGACACUACAAAAGAUGAUGUUCGGAGGAUGUUGAGAUGCAUGAUAAAUCAGCAGACACAUCAGCUCUUUAGUAAUGUUUGACUAGCUUCACAAAGGUACAUGCUUGGAGAUCAAAGCAUCUGUUCUCAGUCAGCAUGGUGGACACAUGAUAUGCAAUUCAGAUAACAGCUUCAAAUACCUCCAAACAAUACAACUCAGUUUGUAGGGACCAAGUUCCAUGACUAGCAGAACUAAGUCUAACAGUCCCUGGAAUACAUAAAUUUUAGUUCAUAUCAUGCUAUUAUUUUGGGACUUCAGGGGUCCCAUAUCAAGCAGCUUUGUAUUAUUGUUCCUCUUAGAAACCAGUAUGUUAAUUCUUUAGUAUAUUGGGGUGACAAGACAUUCACUUUGUGACUUCUUUCCUAUAACUAAUAUAUAUAUGAAACACAUUUAUAAGUGCAAUCAGCACUUUGUUUAUUGUUUUCUGUUCAAUCUUACAACAAUUUAAAUAAAAAUUUAAUUCUUUUUUAAUCAUCAUUAAUUAAGAGAAAAUUUACAAUGACUGUUCAGUUUAAAGGUGUUGAACCAUGUAGGACUACAUGUUCAUAGUUUCAGAUUAUGUAAUUUUCACUGAAUUGUGACUCUGAGCAAGGCACCUAACACUGCUUGCUCCAGUCAGUCAAUCUGACUGAACGACUUAAAAUAAACCUGUUCUAUUCCUUACUUUAAGUUGGGUGGUUAAGUGUUAAAGAAAAAACAGCAGGCCAUUCAGUCAAAUAAAUUACUUCAUCAAAUACCCAACUGACUAUAACAUAGUCUGCUUGCAAGAAUAGAAGUCAUGGUGUUGAUUGAUAAAAGUUAAAAAUUAAAAAAAAAACAACUACCUAUUAACACCUAACCUAACCUUAACUUUAUCAUACCUUCUAUUAAGAGUCCCUUCAUGCAACUAUUCUUCUGUGAAAUCUGUUCAUUUUUUGUUCUUUUAUUUAUAUAUAUAUAUAUUUUUUCUUCUUGAUUCACUUCACCUCACUCCAAUUACAAAGCUAUUUAGAGGCAACAAGCUUUGAAAGGAAUGCUGGGUAAAUGAGGUGAGGCUGAUUCACAUAAGCUUUUUGAUACAUGACAACAUGAAAUGAAACAUUAAUUGGUUUAACCAACAAAUUUAUGAAGUGCUGUUCUUUUAAUGUUUUCUCUCAUGCCUGACAUUUUUAUUUUUUUGUUUUUCAUCUCCGUUCUUCUAGUUGUUACCUUCCCUUGCUUUGCUCUCCUCUCUCUCUCUCUCUCUCCACACGCCUUCCCAUUUCCAGGCUAUGGUUACUAGUGGGUAUCUAGUUGGGGAAAGUCUAAAGUUUGUAAAUAAUAACUGUUGUAUAAUUUCUUAUUGAUGUGAAGUAAGCACCAAUCUUGUUGCAUAAAAGGAGAAAAUCUUUGUUAUAACUUCUAAAAAGUAUAUACAUACAUAUGUGUGUGUGUGUAUAUAUAUAUAUAAAUAUAUAUAUUAAAAAAGACGUUACCAUUUUUGGGGUUUCAUUUUUGUUUGUUCUUAAUAUAUUACUUAGUUUUGUUCGAUAACAUUAUUAACCCUUUGGUUUUUGUUUUCUUUAUGUAUUUUUGCUACAUAUUUAUAUUUAGGUGCAGGCAUGGCUGUGUGGUUAAGAAGUUCAUUUUGCAACCACAUGGUUUUGGGUUCAGUCCCACUGUGCAGCACCUUGGGCAAGUAUUUUCUACUAUAACCCCAAACCAUCUAAUGCCUUGUGAGUGAAUUUGGCAGAUGGAAUUUAUAUGAAAGCCUGUUAUCUUUGUGUGUGUGUGUGUGUGUGUGUGUGUGUGUGUGUGUGUGUGUAUGUGAGUAAAGGUGAGAUCCAAGGAUCCAGUCGUAGAAAGUUGGUAAACUUCGAGCAGUCUGUAGAAGGUAUCAAAAAAACAACUUUCAGGAACAAUAGUGGUUUAUUGACAUAGAAGGUUGUAAAUUUUUCCUAUAUCGAAGUUCGAUAAGCUGAAAAAAGUUAUUCUAUAGUUCAUGGUUAGCAACUGGGGUUGCUGUGUAUGCGAAUAAAGAUCCAAAUUAUAUAUAUGUAA